GAGCCAAUACAGGAAGUCCCUGUCAGCUGUUGCCAAGCGCAACAGCUACUGUGAAGAUACGAGAAACUUAGCGAACAAAAACGUGUCUCCGUGCCGUACAGAAGUCCAUUGAUGUUGAUGCUUCAGCCCUCUGCGAAAAAGCGAAUGUCACCAAAAUGGAAAGAGCUGUCAAAGUCGUUGUUUUGUCGGUCCUUUUCGCGGUAUCGCAGAUAAACUGCCAAGAAGCGAUUCUGCACAUUUCAGAUGGAAAAACAGACAGGGAGUACUGCAUCGUCUACAAUCACUCCUGGACCCCGCUGUCACAAACCCUUGUUGCUGCUACGCAGUAUCCACUGGUGAAUAUGACCUCCACUGUGCUGUGUAAUGGCUCAGGGGUCAGUCCAGAUGUGGUAAAGGGCAAGGCAUUGGUGGUGAUGAGGGGGGACUGUGAUUUCUCCCAGAAAGCAUUGGUUGCUCAGAGCCUCGGAGCUACAACUUUGCUCAUUGCCAGCAACAAAUCAUUGAUCACUCCAUCAGCCAAUAACUCCGAGUACGCAAAAGUCCAUAUUCCACUGGCGCUCAUGAGGCACAGGGACUUCCUGGAAGCACAGCAGGUGUUUGGUAAUGAGAUGUUGGUGAAGCUGUAUGCACCGCCUCACUCAAAGAUUGAUCCAAGCAUUGCCGUCAUUCUGGUGAUCUCUAUUGUCACAGUUGCCUUGGGCGGCUACUGGAGUGGGGCAUGUGAGAGAGACCGGUUGAAUAGCAGUGCAGUUGGGGGAGGAGGGGGAGAAAACAAAGCAGACGGUGGUGAGAUUUCCCUGUAUUCUCCUCUGAAAGUGGUUAUCUUUGUCGCCAUGAUGUGCGGGAUGCUGGUCCUCAUGUACUUCUUCUACAAUGUACUUGUGUACAUCAUUAUUGCUAUAUUCUGCCUGGCAUCUGCCUCUGCACUGUUCAGCUGCCUUGAUGCAGUGCUGGAAAAAAUUGGCUGUGGUACUGUGAGCUUCUCAGUCCGAAAUUGGAACUUCUCAGUGAGGUCUCUCAUACUGGCCGCUGUGUGCAUUAGCAUUGCUGUGGUCUGGGGAGUCUACAGAAAUGAAGACAGAUGGAUCUGGAUCUUGCAGGACCUCCUCGGCAUCGCUUUCUGCCUCAACUUCAUGAAGACUAUUUCUCUGUCGAAUUUCAAGAUCUGUGUGAUUCUGCUGAGCCUCCUUCUUGUGUAUGACGUCUUCUUCGUUUUCAUUACUCCUUUCUUCACCAAGAAUGGAGUUAGCAUUAUGGUGCAGGUUGCCCUGGGCCCGGAUGCAUCUGGGGAGAAGACGCAAGGUAACAGUGUGGAGGUCCCCGCUGAACCCCAGGCUCCCUUUGAGAAACUGCCAGUGGUGAUGCGGGUCCCACGGUUCUCAGCCUGGGCUCAGAACCUGUGUGGGAUGCAGUUCUCCAUCCUGGGUUACGGGGAUAUCAUUGUUCCAGGUCUCCUGGUGGCCUACUGCAGCAGAUUUGAUGUUUGGAUCAACAGCCGCAAGAAGAUCUACUUUGUCAGCUGCUGUAUAGCCUACCUGCUGGGAAUGAUCCUGACAUUUGUCGUAAUGCUGCUGUCAGGGAUGGGUCAGCCUGCUCUACUCUACCUGGUGCCCUUCACGCUGAUAACUUCUGCCGUGGUGGCUGGGUGCCGGGGAGAGAUAAAGCACUUCUGGACAGGAACCACUUAUGAGGUCUUGGACUCAUCCAGGGAACCUUUGUUGCCAGAGGGAAGAACCGACUGUUCCGUAAGAGGAGAAAGAUGCUGACUUACAGUGUAGAACCAACUGCUGGAUGUUUUUUUUAAAGAUACAUUUUAAUAUAAUGUUUGCAAAGCAAGGGAACAUAUGUUAUUGAACACAUUCUUCAAACAUAUUGGGUUCAUUUUGACUGCUGUGAACAGUUAGGAAAUAGAUAAGAGGAACAGAGAUGUGAUUGAGAGGCUUGUUUCAUGCCAUACAUGUUUGUUAGGUUCAUGUUCGGAACAUUGUAAUGACUUUACCUUGGUGAUGGUUGCAUACAACAAACUGAGAAAGCACUUUAUAAUAUUUAGCUUGACAGUUAAUUCGUCAUGGGAAGGGAGGGCGUUGGGUUUAAAUUACUUCAAAAUGAUACAUUUUGAUAACUUUUGAGAUGUGAUUUCUUUCAUUGCCUUAUAUUAAAUGAACAAUUUCUGUUUAA